CAGUCAAAUCUCCAAGCGGAAUUAGCCUCAUUAGAACAGCUUGUGGCUACGCCAUGCUAUAAGGUUUUAGAGGCUGCAUAGGCGACAAGAGAACGUUGCAAACAAUAAACAGCUGAUGAUGAUGGCGAAUGUAAUAAACAAUCCGCCCACACCGUUCGUACACAACAUGGGGCCCAUCCACCCGGGAAAGAUGAUAUUCAUUAAUGGUAUCCCUGGAGCCAACCCGAGCAGAUUCAACAUCAACUUCGAAGACACACCUGAUGGACCAAAUACCGCCUUUACGUGCGACUUCCGAUUCAACUUUGGCUACGACCGUAACGUGAUUGUGCGAAACUCAAUGCAGAACAAUAAUUGGGGAGCAGAAGAACGCGCUGUCAGUUACUUCCCAAUGGCCCCGAACGCCUACUUUGAGAUGAUAAUCCUUGUGGAACAGUUGGGCUUUAAGGUCGCCGUGAACAACAACCAUCUUCUUGAAUACAAACACAGGCUGCAGCCACUGGGAAAAUUCUCAUUUCUGAGAAUAGUCGGUGACGUCAAACUCACGCAAGUGCGCUUCCAGUAAAGUCACAGAAAAAACGUAAUUCAUUUCAACAAUACAUGGGUAUGGAACAAUAGAUAUCGUGUGGUGCAUAAAAAUGCGUCAGACAUAUGAAUAAACAUAUAGUGUAUAGAGUAUGAUUACCAAUAUGCUUCUUAAUGCAAUAAUGUUCAAGUUAAUAUGUUAAUUCAAGAAUGAAUCAUGUAUUCAGGUUAUAUUUGAUCAGAUGGUAUAAACUCAUUAUUGAUUUGCUGAAAGUUGUUGCCAUUUCACAAGACAUUUCACGAGAAAUUGUUGUUUGCCAUUGAAGCCGUUUUGACACAAUGACGGAUGUAUGCAUUACGAGUAUGGAACAUUAUAAGUUUCUUUAAGUGUAGCAGAUUCUAAUUGUUUAAACUUAACCAUAAAAUCUGUAUAUCCCAGUUUCAUACAUAUUUGUAAUAACAAAA